CCGCCCCAUCCCGGCCAUGGCGGCGGCGUUCCGGGCUCUUCGCGUUCUCCUAGGGCUCUUCUUCCUUCUCGCGGGCUCCGUGAAGCUCUCGGAGCGGCUCUCGGCCGACUCGCACCGCCAUAUGCAGGAGCAGUUCGUGCGAUUCGCGGAGGUGUUCCCCCUCAGGGACUUUGGCUUCUCCCCCUCUCCCGGCUCCUACCUGACGGCCGUCGGUGCGGUGGAGGCGGUGGCCGGGCUGCUCCUCGCCUUCGGGCCGCAGCUGCUGCAGGAGAUCAGCAACUUCGUGCUCAGCGUCGUCAUGAUCGGUGCCAUCUACACGCUGCUGGCGCUGCGGGAGCCGCUGGCCAUGUGUGCCCCCGCCACGCUGUGCCUCGGGCUGCUGCUGCUGCUCAACGUCCGCGGGCACGCAGCGCCUGCCAAGGCCAAGGCAGAAUGAGCCGGGACGGAGCGAGGACGGCGGUGCUGUGACGGGAGGCCGCGGCCGUUCGGUGCCGUCGGGGCGGUUUUAGCGGUGGCUCUGCUUGCUGUGGAGCGAUGUGACCGCGCUGCUGUGUGCUGUCCCGGCUGCGGGAUGGAUGGUGACCGUGGCACUGCCAUCACUGCGGUGCUGGGCUGGCGCUGGGCUCCUGAGGGAGGGGGGUUGUGGUUUUUUGGAAUAAAGCCUCUGUUUUUUUCA